GGAGUUGCUGCCAGUGACCGGCUGCGGGGAGAGAGAUGAGGAGCAGAGCCGGGUCUGCACCAUGCCAUCCGGCCUCCCCCUACCACUGGCCGCCCUGUGCCUACACCUACUGCCCGUUAUUCUACUGUUGCAGCCAGCGGAUUCCUACUUUGGACUAACUAGCAAGGAGUCCCUUUCGCUCUAUACUUCAUCUUCUCCUGUGACUGGGAGUAUUCACAACCGACCCCACCUUAAACAGUGCGAUCUAUUGCCCAUCAGUCGACGACAAAGGCGAUUGUGCCGAAAGGAGCCAGGACUCUCAGAAACACUAAAGGAAGCUGUAAGACUGGGCAUUGUGGAGUGCCAAUACCAGCUGCGCAGUGAGCGCUGGAACUGCAGCUUACAGGGACGGGGAAGCCUGUUGAGAAGAGGAUUUAAAGAGACAGCAUUCCUGUAUGCCGUGUCUGCUGCUGCGCUGACACACUCGCUGGCUAAGGCUUGCAGUGGAGGGAAAAUGGAACGAUGUACAUGUGAUGACUCUCCUGGGCUAGAAAGUCAGCGGGCAUGGCAGUGGGGGGUCUGCGGGGAUAAUCUACGACAUAGCACCCGCUUCCUGCAAAACUUCUUGAGCCAGAGAAGAGGGGAGAGAGAUACUAGAGCCAAGGUGGAUCUGCAUAACAGCAAUGCUGGAAUACGGGCUGUAAAGAGCGGACUAAAGACCACAUGUAAGUGUCACGGAGUGUCUGGUUCAUGCGCAGUCCGCACCUGCUGGAAACAGCUUUCCCCGUUCCAUGAAACAGGUGCAUUGCUAAAAGCCAAAUAUGACAAUGCUGUUAAAGUCCUGGGAGCCACCAAUGAGGCAGUAGCAGGUCACGAGUCUCUAGGACAUUCCUUUGCUGGCCGUUCCCCACGCUCUAGUGACCUAGUUUAUCUAGAGGAUUCUCCCAGCUUCUGUCGUGCCAGCCGCUUUUCUCCUGGAACCACUGGGAGAGUAUGUUCCCGGGAGACCACCUGUGACAGUCUGUGCUGUGGUAGAGGAUACAACACUCAGAGUCGGAUGGUCACUUUUUCCUGCCACUGUCAAGUGCAUUGGUGUUGUCAUGUGGAGUGUCAGAAGUGUGUACAGCAACAGGAUACCUAUACCUGCAAACAGUGACAUCAAGGUGGAGAAGAGGGGACAAUAUAGACACGAAAAGGUGGACUUCCUUUGUCUCUCAACUGCUUGCAGACCAUCCAUGCUUUAGAAAAGGACACUGUGUGUGAAUCAGUCAACCUCCCUGUACUGCUGUAUAUAUAGUCCAUAUGAAAAAUAAUUACCACCGGAUGGCUAUAAUCA